UUUAACAUUUUUUUAAUGACAGGAUUCUCAAGUCGACAAAUGUCAUAACAUCAAGAGUCAAGUUACGAACUCCUUCGUAAAAUACACUGACAGAAAAAUUUAGUAAAUUAAAAAAAAAAUGUUUUGAAACUAACAAAUGAAAUUAAUGAAUAUUCGCAUGCACAGAAGUGAUUGCGAGUGGUAAAUUCAGGUAAUUUCGAUAUAUAUACCGCAGAUUUAGGCUUCAAAUGGUGGAAGUAUAUCCGUUAAUGUUGGCACGCGAUGACCCAGACUGAAUGGCGACUCAAAGGGAGGGAAAAUGGAGCAUGGAGUGCUGCAGGAUUGGCGCCCAGAGGGUGGCGUAGUACGACGAAUGGGAACGGAGUUUAUCGAUUUGUGACGUCAUUCUACCCACUAUAACCUACGUCACGACGACGUACGAGCCGGGGAGAGAGAGAAACACACUGAAAGAGAUAGAAUGAGACAGAGACAGAGGAUUGUGCAGGCACUGAGAAAAUAGUGUAUCACGGGACAAGUGAAAAAAGUACUCUUCUACGAGUGCCAAUUUGUGUAAUUACACGUAUCACAAAGUCAUUUUUUUUAUGAUACAAAUCGUUUCCUGUGCAAACAACUCACAUUUUUUAACGGGUUAUCAUAAAAUUUUUAAUGAUGCGCGUGAAAAAAAAAAAUACUUUUCAAUGAGUGUGAUCAUACACUCGUCAUAGAGUAUUUUCUAUGACUUGUACCGUAAAGUGAUAUUGCGUAUCGUACAACACUUUAUGCUACCCGUGAGAAAGCGUGAGUUUCUUGCACCGAUCGUGAAAAAAGUGAUUUUUUUUCACUAGUAUUAUGAUGUACUUUAAUGAAUGCGAGAAUUAUAGAUUGAGACUACAAUUACGUGUGAGGAAAAGUCCUUUUUUUGAUGGAUAUCGUACAAAAUGUUAUGAUACUCGUGGGGAAACGAGAGUUUCUUGCACAGUGCGUGCAAAGUAUUUUUUCUUUGACUUGUAUCAUAAAGUUCUUUGUGCCCGUGAGGAUUAACGGUUGAACCAAAAGCUAAUAUUGGAAUCCCAUGUGUCAGAAAAUACUAUUUCCAGAUGUAUCGCACAAAUUUUACGGUACCGGUGAAACAAACGAAUUUUUUGCUCGAGAAUUACGAAAAUAACGCCCCCUAUCUCAGUUUUAUCAGAAACUAUAUUGACAAGUUAAGCUGAAGAUGAAGAAAUAUAAAUAAAUAUACAUGACGCGUCCAUAAUAACAUAUAUAUUCAAUAUAUUUUUUAAAUUUUCGAUUAGAUCAGAACAUGAAAAUGUUGAAAUUUCACAAAAAGUUGCAAUAGACCGACGGGUAUCGUGAAAAAAAGCAGAAAGAUCGUGGAAAAUUGUGGAUUUGAUACAAUAUUUCCGUUGACAUUUGGGAAUCAAAAGGGCAGUGAAUUCCACGGCGACCCUCUUAUGGGAUGCGGCUGACAGAGUUUUCCCGGUGCACGAGUAUUGAUCGUUCUUCCUCGCCCUAACCUCGCCCUGCCCCUCUUUUACCUUGCACACAGCCUCCCACCCAUCCCAACUGUUUUUAUUUCCCAUUUUCCCAUUUUUCCUUAUUCUUUUCAUUUUUACAAUAGGCCUCGACGCGCCAAAGAAUUGUCGCCCUUAUUCUGCCCAAAUUCAUGACUGUAAUCGAUCACAACAGCUUCAAUUGUUCAAACAAAUCGGAUAUUAUCAAUAUUUUUGUUUCUUUACUAAUCAAUUGACAAUAUGCGUCUUAGUGGAUUGAAAUUAUUAGAGAAAUUUGACCAGUUGAUAUUGAAAUAGUUAACCGUUUGCAUCUUCCAGAUUCAAAUCCUCGAUGAACCAUAUGAAUUUUUUUUUUUCAUUUUCAUUCAAUCCAUUUAAUAUCUCUUCAGUUCAAUAAUUUUUUUAUAAACCCGAAUGAUUGAUUAAUAAUUAAACGAAUUUAUAUGAUUUCCAGCAAAAUGUUUCCAGACGUUUCACUCUGAGGAAAUUUUUCUAAUCGUCGAAUUAUAUUGUGAUAACAAUUAUUCUUUGAUUAUGAACAAAAAUUUGAAUUAUUUCAUUUGAUGAAUUGUAAUGGCAAAGACAUAUUAUUGAUAUUAUUGAAUACAAUAGAAAUAAUAAGCAGAAUAAUCAUCUGAUAACUGAGACUGACCUAAAUAUCGCCCUUUGGUGGGGGAAUAAUUUGUCCGUCUUUUGUACAUUUUUUUUAUUGUCGCAUAAAAAAUAAUUAGCGUAAUUGUACACGACUCGUGAUAUGAUUUUAUCGCGUAUGAAAAAUCCGGUGGUGAUGUAUAAAUGCACAGCGUAAGCCAUAUUUGUUUCAUUCAUGUUUUAGCAACUCAAGAAAUCUACAUAAUGCUGAUUAUUUACUUCUGUGUAUGUUUUCAUGUGCUAUUUGUUCUUGAAAAAACAUUUUGUGGAGCUACAGUGCACGAGGGGUUGACUAAAGUGUUGCUCGGUGGUUAUACAAAUGUAAGGACAAUUCAACUUCUGAAUCAACUGUGCAAUGAGUCACAGGACGAGGACGAUGUAGAGCGUGACGCAUGUUAUGGCUGUUUCUUUCGAGCAAGUAAUAGACCCUCAGGAUAUCCAAUGCUAUUAUCAAUGUCAGCGUGUGCUGAUUUGUACCUCGAUGACUCAAAUUACGGUCAUUGUAGUGGCUACUUGAAGAAUGCCACGACAAAUGCAGCGACACGUGCCACCCCAACUACAAUCUACUGCACGUUUCUCGAAUGCAUACGACAAGUGAACAAGGACAAUCUGAUUCGCCAGUGCGUGAGAGAAGCCUUGGAUUUAAUUCCUGACUUCUCGACAGAGGAGAUACCUCUUGCUCAACUAUUCGUCAACACAACAGCCUGCAUCCUUGCGAAAACCCGUUGUGGAGCCCUCAAUCCCAUCACUGGAUCAGCCCACGAACAUCUUGACAUUUCCAAACUUCCGAUCCCAUCGAUAAAUGCUAUUUUGAUCAACUCAAACUACGACAUGAACAUCGUACAACUACCUUUCGUCCAGGGAGCUAUUGAUGACUGUGCUAAGUACAGGAGUGUUCAACAAGCUCCAUGGCCUAGUGUCCAGUGUUGAAACCGUUGGCAUCCGGUGAAAAAAAAAAUUAUCAUCGUCAAUUCAUUCCACUAAAGUCUCGGGAGCAUUUCCUGGCCUUAAACAUUUCAUUUUUUUUCGUAUUCUUAUGUUUAUAUCAAUUUUCCUCAAUUUGUAAUGGAAAUUUCAAUUAUUCCUCCUUUUUUCCAUUAUAAACUUAAAUCAAAAUAGAUCAAAUGUAAAUGAUAGACUUCACGAAAUCCAUUAGAAUUAUUG